GCCGCACUGUUCGAUUGCCUAGGUUCAUGCAACGGUGGCUCCUCCCAUGCGUAGCGGUGGCACUGGCCGCCGACCCAGCGUGGCCUCCUGCUGACCGAUGCUCCGUCCCGGGCUUUGCCGCGUUGUCGGCGCAAUGCUCGGCUCUCACGGCCUCGGUCCCACCGAUCGUCGUAACCAAGCGCGACGUCGGUGGUUUCGAUAACGUCAACAUGUCUGCGCUCGAUACCCUUGAUGAAGCACGGGCGGUGCUCAAAGGCACGAGCGCAGUCAAUGCGAUGAAAGGCAUGCGGUCCGAAUCCACUGAGUACUACAACUCGUCGCUGGCCAACAUGAUGAUCACGUUCUGCUACUUGACAUCGACGGCCGAAGACCUCGAUCGGUGUGUGCCGCUCAAUAGCCCACAUGCCCAGCGCAACAAAGGCAAUUUCUCCAACACGUGCAUGGUCAUUCCUGGCGAUGGGUCGUGCGCGUCCAAGAACAUGUGCGAGCGCCUUCCCAACUGCCUCUGGCCAACAGCCGACCCCACCAAGCCCCGCUUGCCUCGCUUUACUAAAGACCAAAUUGAUGCUGCCAACCGAUGGGUAACAGAGAGUUACGCCCAGUCUCUGGCCCCGUACGCUGGCCCAGGGAUCGCGUUUGCAGUGCUCACGUUCCUCGGUUUCCUGCUCUUCUUCAUCAUGCGGUGCUUUUGCAAUCGAUGUGGCGGCCGCGAUCCCGUUGAGCGUGGGUACACGUGGUGUGGGGUCAUGACUCCGGGCGUCGCGUUUUUUAUCUUUUCCGUCGUGAUCUUCAUUUGCUCAGCGGCGGCAUACGUUCAAAACAACACCGUCACUGCUCGCAUGCACGAUCUCUUGGACGUGCUGACCGAAGUCAUCACCAACCUCAACAUGAACUCGAAGAACUUGCUCACGCCGUUGCGUGCGAUUCAAGACUUGCAGGGCAUCACGACGGCCCAAGUCCAGUCUGUACUUGCCGACACGUCGUGGGUUGGCACUGGAGCGCGCCAGUUGCAGGCGAUCGGGGAAAACUUUGACGCGACGUACACAUCGGGCUUCCCCACGACGUGCAUUCAAAACGGCGACUUGUGCUUAACGUGCCCGGGCGUCAUUUGCGGCGGCACGUCCGUCGCCCCCAAGACAACGUUGACUGCGUGGCGCGAUAUCGCCGAUCAGCUCGAAUCGACGUUCCGCAUGACGCGGGAGACUGUGUACACCGGCGCGACGACGGUGUUCUCGGCGGCGGACGACGCAGAAGACGCGCUGACGAUUGUCGCGACGGCAACGUCCGACUCGGGGGCCACCGUGGCGUCGGUGCAGGCUACGUUUGACAACAUUUCGUACACGCGAUCGGGGCUCGUCCUGAGCAUUUUCAUUUUGGGGCUGUUUGUCGCGUUUCUCGGCAUGGCCGGGUUCCUCAAGGGCAUUUGCAAGGACAAGACCAAGUGGGUCCACUUGCUCCACGUGUCGUGGGGCCUCGGCGUCAUCCUGUGCAUCAUCUCGUUUGUCGUUGCGUCGUGCUUGAUUGCUGUGUCGGCCGUGUGGUUUGACGGGUGCCAGUACCUGGACAUGGUCAUGAACGACAUGACGCCGUACUUUUCCGCCGAGACGAGCCGCGUCGUCGGCGCGUGCAUCAAGGGCACGAGCACGUUGGCAGCGCUAGGAAUGGCCUCCAUGCACGCGAAAUCGUGCGAAAUUACCGAACGCUACCGCGUCGCGAAGCAGCUUGGAAUGAUGGCACGGUUUACGUCGCUGAGCGCGCUCGGCAUGGACAUCAUGUCGUACAACGAGACCCAGUUUGGAUGGGACCCAGUAAAGCACUACGACAUUGUCAACGCGGCGGCGACUGCGAUCGGGUCCGACAUGACGGCGAUGGCCAACUACGCCGUCUUGGAUCGUCCGUGGACGUUGUUUAACGAGGCACCGUCCGCCGCGUGCACUUCCGAUGCGGACCCGGCGCUGUGCUACAUGAAGGUCCGAUGCACGGGCGGUGUCUCCACGCCUUGCUACACCCUAUUCCAAGACGCUCUCGUGUACACCCGUGCGCGCAACUCGAUCCAAGACAAGCUCAUGCGCAUGCGCCAGGACUUCCUUGGCGGUGUGAGCUAUCCCAACUCUGUGGGCUGGAAGGGCGGCGACAAGUCGGUGCUUGAACUCUCCCGCGCCUACGCCCAACGCCUGGAAAAGUUUGUGACGACGACGCUGACCCCGAUGGCGGAUUUGAACGUGUGGACCCAAGUGAACGCGCUGCAGUGCACAGGCGCGCCUGGAUGCGGCUGGAUCAACGAGGAGUACGCGAUCGUUCAUACCAUCCUGUGCCAGGACUUGCUCGGCGCGUGCCUCAACAUUGCGCUGUCUGUCUUUAUGAACGCGCUCUUCCUUCUCCCCAUGGCCGUGUGUGGCAUUGUCCUGCAAAAGCGCCUGCGCGCCAUCCGCGGCGGCACGUACGGCGCGAUGGAACCCCCCGCGGGGGGCGCGACCGAGCUCACGGGACGACAGAAGCUCGAAAAGAAGCUCGAAGCGCUGACGAAAGGUCAAACGACGACGCUUUGAUUAUUCAUCACACAAUACUAACUUUGCAUGUGCCUUCACACA